AUGCCUCCAAAGAAAAAGCAAUCUACAAAGAAGAGAAAGAAAGAUGAUACUGAUUCCGAUGAUGACUACUCGGAAGAUGUUAUUGGUGAAGAAGAAUUGGUAGAAACUAAAUCAAAAUAUGAUUGGUCAACAAUUAAUAUUGAUGCUACCGUCAAGAGAUUCCACGAAUUGGAUCAACAGAUUUUAAAAUUGGAGGAGGAAAGACAACAAGCUCUCAAGAUUUUAAAAUCUCAUCCACAAACACUGGUACAAUAUUCUACUGUCAAUAGAUAUGAAAAGACAAAGGAGGGUUUUCAAUCAUCUGGCUUUUAUGACUUGGGAUCUGAUUGUUUGACUUUAAUUUUCGAUUUUUGUUUUGCAAGACAAGUUGUGGAGGCUCCAUUUGUUAUCAAAUUAUUUGGAAUGACAACAAAAAUUAGACAAGCUCUUUUGAAUUCAAAUUUCAUUCUAGGUAUUGCACAACCAAAUUACAAAUUCAAUGUCAAAGCAAUGCCUAUAUUUACUCGAUUAUAUGGUUUAGAAAUAGUACUUGAUAGUGAUAGAAUUACUAUUGCUGAUCAUUUAUUGAAAAAAGGAAGCAAACUAUCACAUCUGGUUGUGAGGGAUGACAUUUCUUUGGAAAAAAAUUCAUUAACAGAGGAAUUGAAAGACAAGAUCAAAUCAAUUCAACACUUUUCUUCCAGAAAUGCGCGUUCAAGAAAUACCUUUGGCUCAUUCAACUCUCUUGAACAUUUCAGCACAUUAUCUUUUUGUAGAGUAUCAAAAAUACCAAAUGCCAAGAGUGCCAUUAUUACUGCACCAACAGUCGAGUUUGGCUAUAUUCCUCAACUUUUUGAAAAGAUAACAGAUCUUUUAGUUGUUAUUUGCCCAUCCUGUAAAACAUCAAAGGCUAACUUUAGUGAAGAUAGGCUCUUUGGAACCAUUAAGGCAAAGUAUUUCGUUUCAGUUAGAUUUCAAUCCAAGUCUAAAAAACCAGAUUUGAUGGCUAGUUCUUCAUUCUCUGUUAAGAUAUUUGAACAGGUAGAGGGUUUGGAUGAUGAUGCUCCAUCGUCAAGCAAGUAUUUAGCGAUGCCUAAUCAAAUACACUUUACAAGCAACUACCGUGAUGCAUUUGAAAAAAUAGAAGGAAUUCAAUAUCACACAAAUGACAUUCCUGGAUUCUUUAAAACACAAUUUUAA